CAAAAGCUUCGUAUCUUGGAUCCUUUCUGAUCAUCAAGCCUGACUCGCUGCUUGUUAUCCCGUGGCUCCACCGUAGAGGUGCAUAAACCUACCACCAACGAGAACUUAUCACCACCGUCUCGGUGAACUUCACCCGGAUAUGAACCGAAAACCCCUGAUCAUCAGAUAAACGUGCAACGACCGGACAGCGACCACGGGGCACACCACAACUCAGCAGCUCCACCGUUGUCAUCAUCCUGCAUGGGGUGCAGCUACGCGAGGGUCUCUUUCACCGGCUCACCCACGGGGCCCCUCACUUGUUGCUCCAAGCUCCCCCAGCUCCCCCACUGAAACUUCGUGUGAAGCUGGCGCCGAUAUUGGCACCCGGUGGAUAACAGCGAACCGGCUAUACAUUUACAUAACCAAACAUACAUGCUACAGGAAGGUUCCCCGUAACCGAACAUCUUUUGUAUGGUCCGAUGGGAGAGUUCGCUUCGUUCAGCCGGACUUUGCUGGUGUAGUCCUGGUGGAUCUCUCCAUCUCCAUGCUUGCAGCUUACGAGCUCCUGGGGGAAGAGUGGGGGAUCUGUUUAUAAUGGAGGACAACCCCUUCGGUGAUGGCACACUACUUGGCGCCUUCCCUCCUGUUGCUUUUGUUGUUGUAGUGACUUUCGACUUGAGCCAUUCUUAAAAUUGGCUAACCGAUACUUGUCUUGUCUGGCCCUGACCGCAGACUAUACUUAGGUACCAUCAAGCCGACUUCUUGAAGCGCUCACAUCAACAGAUUAUAACACAAACUCAACCAUGGCAGCCGAAAUGAAGGACGGAAGGUUCGCUCACGACAUCACUGUGGCUCCCCAGACAAAUAGUGUCAUGUCUCUUUUCUCGUUGAAGGGCAAGACUGCCAUUGUCACCGGAGCCGCAGCUGGCAUCGGCUACGGAGUUGCGGAGGCGUUUGCGGAAGCUGGCGCCAACGUGGCUAUCUGGUACAACAGCAACAAGAAGGCACUUGAUGCGGCCGCAGAUAUUGAGAAGAGGUACGGCGUGAAGUGCAAGGCAUACCAAGUCAACGUGACUUCUCUCGAAGCCGUCGAGUCCGCAGUCACCGAGAUCGUCAAGGAGUUCAACGGCCGUCUCGACAUUUUCGUCGCCAAUUCGGGAAUCCCCUGGACGGACGGGGCCGCGCUCGACGGCCCUCCCGAGUCGUAUAAGCGGGUCAUGGCCACCAACGUCGACGGCACGUUCUGGUGCGCCCAGGUGGCCGGGCGUCACUGGCGGAGGCAGAAGCAGGAGGGGACCACGAUGGACGGCAAGAAGCUCGAAGGGUUCACGUACGGCAGCUUCAUCGCGACAGCAAGCAUGAGUGGCCACAUUGCCAACAUCCCGCAGCUACAGGCAGUGUACAACGCUUCCAAGGCGGCUGUCAUUCAUCUGUGCAGGUCGCUGGCUGUGGAGUGGGUGGGCUUUGCGAGAGCGAACACCAUCUCGCCGGGGUAUAUCAGGACCGAUAUCUCGGAGUUCUGCUCGCCCGAGGUUAAGAAUGCUUGGAAGGACAAGAUUCCUAUGGGCCGCGAAGGGGAGGUCAACGAGUUGAAGGGCGCAUAUCUGUAUUUUGCGUCGGAUGCGUCCUCUUACACAACUGGCGCAGACCUUUUGGUUGAUGGCGGAUAUUGUGCCCCCUAAAGGCCCCAGAGGCGUUAGGUACCUCUAUGACUGCUAUAUGAAUAAUGACUUGGAUAGAUUAGCUCUAUGGAUAUUUUAAUACUCGUUGUCGGUAUCAGGCUAUCGCCAACAAGGCUGGCUUCCUGUACACGAUAUUUUGC